CUUCAAAUAAUUCCUGUGUUUUUAGUAUAAAAGGCCCUCAAUUUUGCUUGGUAGGCAUAGUUUGAUUCGUUCUCAAUCAAAUACUCACCUCAAAAUGUUUAAAGCUGUAAUUUUCGCCGCCCUUUUGGCUUUGGCAGUAGCCGCUCCAGAACCAAAACCUAAACCAGGAUAUCUUGCGUAUUCCGCCCCAGCCUACACCGCUUACUCUGCACCAGCCUAUACAGCCUAUUCUGCUCCAGUUUACUCAUCUUACUCAGCCUAUUCAGCUCCAUACGCCUACGCUGCUCAUUAUCCUUAUUCUUAUGGAUACGCCGGGGCUCAUUACGUCUAUUGAUUUGCAAACACUUAAUUACGAACAUUUCUUUUAUAUCAAAAUGUUAAUUUGGAUUGUGAUUACGAAAUUUGCAGAAUUUAAUAAUAAAGGUUUAAGUUAGUUUCAAA